AUACCACAUUGAAGCUCAGACUCACACUCAAAUAUACUGCACCAUCAACUGACAAUCAUCAGCCAGAUAGAAAGCACAAUGAAUAUGGGAGAAAUGAUUUACACCUUGGUCGAAGUGCUCAUUGCAGUUAGUUGCUGUCUGGGUAACCUGCUGGUCAUUUUGGCACUUUGGACCACUAAAAGCAUCCAACAGCCAACAUUCUGCCUUAUUGCAUCGUUGGCUACGGCUGAUUUUCUGGUUGGAUGUGUGGCCAUACCAUUAGCUGUAGUGGUGGAUGGACGGGUGAAGACUUCAUUCAAUAUGUGUCUCUUCAUCAGCUGUGUGGUCAUCCUGUUCACCCUCGUUUCAGUUCUGUCUCUGUUGGCUAUUUCGCUUGACCGUUUCCUCCGGGUGUAUAUCCCUCUCAGGUACAAAAGGAUUGUGACACAGGGACACUCCUGUCUUGUGGUGGCAGCAUGUUGGAUUGUUGCAAUCCCUCUCAGCUUUACUCCCAUGCUUGGGUGGUACAACCAUCAAACCUUGUCUAAUUCAGCCAAUUCUACAAUUGUCUGCCAGUUUAUAGCCGUAAUUCCCAUGUCAUACCUGGUUUAUUUCAGUUUUUUUUCCCUGAAUCUGAUACCUCUGUUGGUAAUGGCCACGUUGUAUACCUAUGUUUUCUGUAUUAUCAAAGGACACCUUCGAGAGAAACCAGGCAGGGGUAUUCACAAACUGUCUCAGAACUACCUGAGAAAAGAGAAAAAGCUGGCAGGAUCUCUAGCUCUGGUCUUGGCCCUGUUUGCCCUGUGCUGGCUGCCGCUUCACAUAAUGAACUGCAUUGUUUAUUUUGGUGAGGUGACAAAUAUACCACCAAUAGUUUUAUAUAUUGGGAUUAUUCUGUCUCAUGCUAACUCAGCUGUCAAUCCAGUUGUGUAUGCAUUCAAAAUACAAAAAAUUAAGAGAGCUUAUCUGAAGAUCUGGAGACAGUGUGUUUCACGUGUUGCUGAAAAUCAAGAAUCUCAGACAAGCCAAAUGACAGACAAAAGAUCCAGCAGUCACAUUGUGUCAAAUGACUGAAGGCAGAUUUCUGUGUUUUCUUGCUUUUUUUGUUCUAAUUAUAAGGCUGAUUUUUUGUUGUCUUUUUUUUCCGAUCAUAUCUUUGACAAAGUAUAAGGAUUAGUAUAUUUUUUUCAUUGACUUGUUGGGUACUUUAUUCAAGUAAUACUAUAAAACAAAGUACUUUUUGUGAUAUCUGAUUGUUGUCUUUUAAAAUAUCUAUGCUUCAUCUAGUUUUUUUUUUAUACAAUAUGUAAAUUUUGUAUGUACCGCUUCGUUGGUUUUCAUGCUUUUUUCACCUAUAUUCUCUUUAAGAUUUUAUCUUUGUUUUGAAGAUUUAAGGAAAUCCUUACUCACAUCUGGAACUAUGCAGCACAGGAAACAACUGUACAUGUACUUAAUUUUGUAUUACCAGUGUAGAUUAAAGCCUAAGAGGAAGUGAGACAUUCAACUGACAUCUGCUUUCACGAGCGGUCUCCGAGUUCCAUUUUAAAACUGUCGUAUUAUGGCAAGCACAUUUUUAGUUUGUCCAAGCAAGUUAUCAGUGCAACCAAAUAGUUUAUCAUAUGCUGCAUGUGAUACAGAGAUGUAUAUUUAAGAAUGUCCUCACUUAAGCAGAUGGAAAGGUUUAAAGUCAUUGUGUGUUGAACAUUUAUGUGAUUUAUCCUUAUUAUGGAAGAAUAAACAACAUUAAAGUCCAUGCCACACUCCCAUUUCAGUGUUCACAUUAAGUUUUGUAAAUUUGUAAAAGCUGGAGCAUUGUGUCUGAAAACACAAGUUGUUUGUGAAUUUGUUAUAAGAGAAAUUAUCAUGCACUUAAAAUUCCUCUUCAUUAUGAAGUUUGCUGGGUCAUCUUUUGUAACAAUAAAAGAAAAGAAUAGUGCAGAUGGCCAUAGCAAGUGUGACCGUGAUGCCAUUAUUUCACAAACAAAAAUAACCAUAAAAACAUUUUUUAAAUGAGAGAUAACCUCCAGCCCCCCAUGACCCUGAAUUUGAUAAGUGGAAGAGAAUGGAUUCAUGGGUUUCUUAUAAAUGCACAGCACAAUUUAUGCACAUUUUCUAUUCAAACUUCAAAGUUACUUUUCUAAACCUUUGCACCUCUGCAAAAAUCACAACAAACAUAAACAUAAUAAACCAAAAUUCUUGGUGUUGUUUCAAAUGACAAUCCAAAUAGCUGAUAAGGAUUUAGGAAAUAUUUAUUGAAAUGUAAGAGCAGAGAAAGGCAACUUACUUUUAAGAAUUCGUGGAAAAUAUAAAAACAGUAAUAUCUGUUUUAUCCUUUUAGUUUUGAUUUCACAUCUACAGUUAUUAUGCCAUCGUGGGUUACACCCCAAUUGUGAUUGUUUUUUACGGUUAUGCCACAAAUUGUCAUGGUGAACAUAAUACCUGGUUUGCACAAUUAUCCUAUCAUUGAUAUUUUGUUGUUUGUUAUUUGUAUUACAUGAUGUCUGUUAAAAAAACAAACAACAAAAAAAAACACUUGCACUUCUAAAUGAAGACAAAAGCUCAAUUCAGUGAUUAAAAGAUUUAAAGUCAUAUUUUAGAUAUGAAAAUAA